AUGGGGAAGAGAAAGUCAGCUGCUAAGCCGCCUCCUAAGAAGCGGAUGGACAAGCUUGACACUGUCUUUUCCUGCCCAUUCUGCAAUCAUGGGAGCUGUGUUGAGUGCCGAAUUGACAUGAAGAAUCUUAUUGGCGAAGCUUCUUGUAGAAUCUGUCAGGAAAACUUUAGCACAACUGUUAAUGCACUCACUGAGCCUAUUGAUAUAUAUAGUGAAUGGAUUGAUGAGUGUGAGCGUGUCAACACUGUUGAAGGUGACGAUGAUGCGUGA